UUAAUUCAUUAGUAACAUGCAUAAUUCUUACAAAUUAUUCACAAUUUUAAAAUCCAAUAUGUAAGACCCAUAUACGGGUAGGAAAUAAUUUUUUCAUGGGAAACUCAUUAUUCUGUUUGGAGUCAUAGAUUUGUCUUCGAACCGGUGGUACACUUACAUUCCUUUGCAGCUAAGGAAGCGGUGUUUAUUUUUUCAAAUGCCAUGACCUUUUAAUAGAUGCGGGUAAGGGGUAAGGACUCCGUGACGACGGAAAAACAGCCAUCAUGGAAGAAAGUCCUCAAGAGACUAUGCUCCCGUCUCAAGAGAACUUGGAACCAUUUAUCAAAUCUACAACCGCUGAGGAGGGUAACAAGGAACAAGUAGGACUCAAACGUACACUAGGAGUACCAGGAGGUGUUGCUUUACUGGUUGGAACUAUCAUCGGUUCAGGUAUCUUUGCUACACCGCGUUGGAUCAUGAUGUACGCUGGAUCGGUCGGACUAAAUCUCGUCAUUUGGUCGGUUUGUGGAAUCUUUGCAUUAUGUGGAGGUCUGUGUUACCUGGAGCUUGGAACUCUUGUACCGAAAUCUGGCGGGGAGUAUGUGUACAUCUUGGAAGCAUUUGGUUCUUUGCCUGCCUUUUUGUACUCGUGGUUGUAUGUGAUGUUCCUAAAGCCGACAGCAGUUAUGAUUCUACUUCCUUUCGGUGCAUAUAUAUUGGAACCGUUUUUUCCUGGUUGCAGUGGAAGAGAAGAUCUUGUUCCCUUGAUAAAGCUUCUUGCUGCAGCAGCACUUGGAAUUAUAACGUUUGUCAACUGUGCAAGCGUUAAAUGGGCAGCAAGGAUGCAAAUAGUGUUCACAGCAGCUAAAAUGAUAGCAAUUGUCAUGUUGAUAGUGACAGGAAUUGUUCGUAUAGCACAAGGACACACAUCAAGCUUUGCCAACGCCUUUGAAGGGUCGACCACCAGCCUUGGAUUGGUUGGGUUUGCUUUUUACAAUGGUUUAUAUGCCUAUGAUGGAUGGAAUCACCUGAAUUAUUUCACAGAAGAAAUCAAGCAGCCAAACAGAAAUCUCCCAGUGUGCAUCUGGAUUGGUAUACCAUUGGUGAGUAUCUCGUAUAUUCUGGUCAACAUUGGAUACCUGGCAGUACUCUCAUCACAAGAACUCAUGACGUCAAACGCUGUUGCUGUGACUGUAUCUGAUCGUAUGUACGGUGCCAUGGCUUGGACAAUACCUGUUCUUGUCGCUUGUUCUUGCUUUGGUGGUGCUAAUGGAGCCUCGUUUGGAGGAGGAAGGUUGCUGUUUGCAUCAGCGAGAGAAGGUCACAUGCCAAGUUUUCUGGCAAUGGUUCACACUAAAAAUCAUACACCUUUACCUGCGAUGUUAUUCAAUUGUCUUUUAGGUUUCAUAGUCCUGCUGCCUGACGCGACAACCUUUGAUACGUUGUUAAAUUUCUUCAGUUUUAUUGCGUGGUUUGUUUACGGCCUUACAUUCUUUAUUCUAUUAAUGUUUCGCUAUACAAAGAAAGAUCAGCAUCGUCCUUAUAAGGUUUGGACAGGAAUUCCUUGUUUUAUGUUACUCAUAUCCAUCUAUCUGGUUGUUGCACCAUUCUAUCAAUCACCGAUUGAAUCCAUGUACUGCAUUGUAGCAACUUUGUCUGGGGUUCCUGUCUAUUUCGUGUUUGUUUACUACAAAGCCGUGCCGAAGUGCAUUAUGGAUCGUUAUGAUAAAAUGAUUGCACGUCUUCAGACGUUACUAGACGUUGCCCUCCCAACGGAACAACAAGUUUUUCAUCAGGAUUAAACUACAUUCAAGUCACCAGGCAAGAGAAGGGUAAAUCCAACAGAAAAUCAGUGCUCCUGUGAAGACACAGAUAGAGCUGCCUUUUUCGUAACAUGUGCACUCUGUCAAAGAUUUCUUCCAAACUUUGGUAGCCUUGCAGAACCGCAUCUUGUUAUAUUUUCAACGUAUAUCGGUCUUCAUAUUCUGAAUGGAGUAAUGAGUAUUGGACUGGUCAAUGGUUGCACGACUGAGACUUUCACUGGAAAAGAUCUUUAAAAUAUUCAAAAUACUGUGACACUGAGAGUUAUUGAGUAGUUCAAACACCGUAGACAAUUAGUUUACAAUUGAUAUUAGUUGACAAACUUGAACUGCACUACUCAGAUUCAUUGUUUUAAUUUAAUUCAUGUUAAGCAUAUUGAAAUCAAACGACAACAUUUCCUUCAUACUAAUAAAUACAAAUUAUUAUUAUUUAAUUCAUUGCGACAAUUCAACCAUAAACUAUUUCGGACGAGAACAAUAUAAUAAAAACCAAGUCUAGUGCUGAGGUCGCCAUUAAUGUCAUGUACUGUUGCUCUAGAAUAAUGAUGAUCCAACAAUCCUCGCUUCUUUACUCUCCUCACAAUUACUCUACAAUUACCAAAUCAGUGUGUUCAUUAGAAGAUAUUAGAAUAUGAUACAUCUAAUUUAUUGACAUCCU